UGAAAGAAAAAGUCAGGACGUUGAUUCGAACGGAUUCGAAUGCAACGAGCACUAAGUACGGUCACAUUAUUGGAGGAAUGACCGUGUGCUUGGUUCGUGAUUUGGAGUCACAAGUGAUAGCUGCAAGCUGAUAUCACUCGAACCACUGUACCAACCCGACUAAGCGAAUACUUACCUACCAUACUUACCAUACGAAACUUGCUUCAUCAAGUCUUUUAUACUGUCUCAUAGAUGAUCCAAAAAGGCUACAGCUCAUUAUGGCGUCAGUUUAGCUUUAAUGCUAAAUUUCGCAAAGACGGUGAACUAGAUUGACAAUAAUAAAAAAUGAACUUUAUUCGUAACUUGCUGUGUUACUUAUUAUUAAGAAUCUCAAUUAUGCUAAACAAAUUUUGACACGCAAAAAAUGCUACAAGAGAAACGGAAACGGUUGCACUCACGGAUCGUGACUGGAACGUGUAUACCAAUCCCGCCAUAAGACCUAGAAGUUACUCUUCGGUUGCCACCAGGUGGCAUAUGAGUAGUGUUACCGAGUUGCCAUGGCAACUCGGCCGGGCUUCGCGCGCGCCUUUAAUUACCCCCCCUUUUUUUCAUCUAUUGUUUCUCUAAUUCGCGCAUCUCGUUUCCUUUGUUUUUGCGUAAGCGAUCGGAUGACGUUUAUUAACGAGGCAGUCACGUUUUUGCAACGGUAGCGUAUGGUCGCCAUUUUUGUCACCUCAUUUAUUUUUAUUUCGCCUGCGUCUUAAAGUUUAAUACAAGUUCUUGCGCCCUGCCCGUUCGGUUUUGAUCGUUGUUUCGCAUCCCUUUUCGAACGAUCGUUAUCUUACGGUUAGUUUACAACAUUUUUGGUGCCGAAACCCGGGAAGAUUCGACCCUGGUAACUUUAACGCAACAUUCGUUUUUCGACAUUCAUUCUCGCUAUUCGUUUUUCGCCAUUCGUUCUCGUCAUUGGGUAUUCGUCGUUCAUUUUCGUCACUGGAUAUUUCUUUUGUGCCUUUGUCUCUUUACAUCCCAACGCUGAAUCAACCGCCAGCCCAGGAGGGGUAACGGUCAGAGUUCCCGGAUUUUGAGCAAAAGCUUUCUUUACGUGCCAGUGUUUAAGUGGUUCUCCAAGCCUUUCUUUUUUCAUUCCGAGCAUCGUGUCCACUCUCUUGAAUUCAUCAUGGCUACUCAAGAUGAGCUUCGUGAUGCUGAUUUGAUCGUUGCUGCUCCUAAUGCUGUUAUUCGAGGCCUUUCGCCGACUCGUUCGUUCGCCUCGGAUUCGACAAGUCGUCUCGAUCCUGCAACCUUGAUCAGCAAACGUUCCCAUCAUCGAAGAAAUUUCACCCGCAACGUGAAUAAAGUCAAGACGGUGAUUCACGAGACAGGUCCUUCCAUCUACUCAAACGAUCUCAUCACGAAGGCCAACGAUCAUUAUGAGCAAUGUAUGUAUUACCAUCAUCGUUAUUGUGCAAAAUUGGGUGUCACCGACGACACUUGGUUGGAGAAUUUGCGUCAUGAUUAUAAUACGGCCAGAGUUGCCACGAGCGCGCUUGAUUUUUAAGCGCGCACACGCUCACGCUUAAAUUUUUAAGCGGCGCACAACUCAACUAAAAAUGAGUUGUGCGGCGCACAGCUCAAAAAAUAAUGAGCGGCGCACGCUCAUCUUCCCGCUUAAACUUGUCAGCGCCACCAAGCGCAUUCCACAGGAAGUCAUUGUACUUUGACUUGUAGUUGUAGCAAACUAGUCGUGACUGAACAAUGGCAGAUGAAACGUUUGACCAGGAGCUUCCUGAAAACGAUAGUGAAACUGAAAAUACAGCCCAAGUUGAAACUGCAAGUGGAAAUGUGAGUAUUUCUGACAGUGACAGCAGUAAAGUACAACUUCCAUCAGAGUUUUUUGAAUAUAUGGGUGAUUCGAAAGACAAAAAAGCUGGUUUGUAUAAAUGCCUCUUCAAAGGCUGUAAGCUAAAGACGAAAAAAGAUGGGACACCAAAGUAUCUCGUAGUCAAGAAUGAUUCAAGGUGCAAUGGAAAGCGUCAUUUUCUGGCCCAUGAUCCCAACAAUGAACUUGGACUAAAAGAGAAGUGGAAUUUGGCUGUUGUCAAGAUGACUGGUAAAAACAAAAUUUCAACUGUGGAUCGUGCUCCAACUAGUCUGCAUAUUCUCAGACAAUCAGACUUUGAUAAAUAGCAUUUCCUCAUCAUGGAUGGAAUACCUCUUCAUGAAGUUGAAAAUGAAGGAUUCAAGUUACUUAUGUCUAAAGCAGCUCCUCAUUUAAAGAUAUAUGGACGAACGUUCUACACCAUGUUACUUAAAAAAGAAUUUGCUAGCAGACAA